ACUUGUGAUUACCUGAUGGGGCACACUUAUUGUGUUGUAAAUGUUAAGUUUUACAGAGCUUUAUUUUAAAUGCAGUGCCCUUUAAAAUAAACGUCUAAAUGUCUGUAACAGGCAACACAAUUUAAUUGUGGUGCAUCUAAUUAAGUGAUAAAAAGUUGUAAACAUUUUACAAAAUACAAGUCGUCCACCUAUAUGCAAUAUCGCAUUAAUUUAACUUACCCUGAAAAGUUUUCCUCGUCACUACGGCACGCGAGUUCCUGAAAAAUGAAUGAUGACUCUUGCCGACACUGCUAUUUGAUAGCCUUAGCAAGAGUGUGUAUUUGGUGUGCAUUAAGGCACUGAGCUUUGGUCUAGAACCAGCAUCUGUCCACAGACUUCUUCUGCGGUUGGUUGUAAAGAACACCUUCAGCUUUUAAAACUACACAUACAGUUGAUGUUCAUGAAACCAAAUUUGUCAUUAAAGCUGUUAGAUUACUUAUGGUCCCUCAAGGUAUCAUGCACAUGUUGAACAUGUAUGCUUUAAAACAGCUGCCCAAAAUCAUAUUUGGUAUGAGCAUGAAUAUUAGUCAGUAAAACUAUAUUAGACACUCCGCUGUAUUUAUUCAGUUACAGUAACCAGGACUCCCGCUAAUACGUCAGCAAAAUUGUCCAUCCUGACCUCACUGAUAACCCCAUCUUAUGCAUAACACAGUUGUAGUUUUUUCUUUAAGUAAUACACUGAUGUCAUUAAUGUACACUAGUAAGUGGCGGGCUGGAGUUGAUCCACACCUCAUUUCAGUCUGUUUUGCUUGGUGACAAAAGAUAAUUAAGCACUGAAUACUAUUGAAUCUGUCUCUUUUAGUAGGAAUGUCCCUAGUUUGCAUUAGCUCAGUUUUAAGAAUGGAGUUAAAUAUCUUUCAGGCAUUUAUGUAGUUGUGUGUAUCUCUAUACCCUGAAUCUCUUAGUAGUUACACACAUCUCUGACGUCCUCAUGACCCAUGGGUCUCAAACUGUCUGUAUCGUCUGCUAUCUUUAUCUGUCAUGCAUACAAGCACCAGCAUACUGAUGAAACUGAUGUCAUUGUAGGUUUGUAAGGGUGUUGCUCUGAGUUUUACGAGUGACGUUCCCGCUGGACUUGCCCCUGUUCACUUUCUCCGCUUGACAAGCGACUUUGUUUCUCUCCAGCCGCCGAGGAUCUCACUGUCCAGAGCUCUGAUGAAAAAUCAGACAUAAUGGACAGUGCCAUUUCCUUUUGCAGUUUGCUAACCCUGCCUGUAGACUUUUCUUACAUGGUGUCAAACUACCUGACUUGAAGACCUAAGAAAUUUACUCUACACUUCAAGCCAAGCUGACAAAAGAUUUAACAAUGGACGUUUGGCGUGGAGAGUUGUGGUAAUGGCUACGGUGAUGAUGCGAAACACCUCUGGGAGUGAUGUGGAGGCCCAGCUAAUCUAUGCUAUCACGCUGCCCAUCUCCUGUGCCAUAAUCCUGAUCAACCUGCUCAUCAUCCUGGCCAUCACCUGCAGCCGUCGGCUUCACAACUCACAGAACUACUUCUUCCUAAGCCUGCUGGUGGCUGACUUGUGCACAGGCGUGGCGCUUCCCUUCAUUCCCUGGAUGGGCCUGAACCGCCCUCUCAGCUUCUCUUCCUGUCUGCUGGUGCACAUUUUCCCCAACUUUCUGUUCCUGGCCUUCCUCUUUAACCUAGUACUGGUGCACUAUGAACGUUAUCGGAGUAUCGUAAGUCCCCUCCGACGUGGACAACUCUGGCUGCAUCGGCGAUUUGCGCUUCCUCUGCUGGCCGUGUGGAUGCUGCCGCUGCUGUUCGCGCUAUUGCCUGCCUUUGGCUGGAACAACAAGGCUAUUCAUGACCAGAAUGGUUGUUGUCCAGAAACCAAUAGCACGGCACAUUCUAACUGCGUGGCGUUGACUGGAGAGCGUUGCUGUACAUACCGCAGUGUCUUUCCAAAUGCUUUCAUCUAUUUGGAAGUGUAUGGCCUACUGGUACCCGCCAUCCUUUCCAUUGCUGCAAUGACAUGCCGGGUGCUGUGGAUCACACGAGAACAGCUGAGGGACAUCCAGCGUCUGCAGCGUGCCGUAGCAAAUAAGGAAUACAGACGGAGACUGGAAAUGCGUUAUGCUUGUUGUGUGGCAGCUGUUUCCCUCGCCUUCUUGGCCUGCUGGGUGCCCUACAUUGUUUACACCCAUGUAGGGAUGGAGUUUUUGCUUCGGCGGGGAAGAAAGAGCGAUCGCACUGGACACAUUGUGCUGUCCUGUGUCGGGGUCGGGGGCAUUGCUGUCGUGCCCCUGCUUCUGGGACUUGCCAACAGGGAAUACACAGAUCCAGUCAAGAAACUGUUCCGCAAACUGAGGCACCGCUACGGAAAUACAAGUGUGCAAAUGGACAGUAGCCUUCGAUUCUGUCACAGUUGAUGUGAUUGAAGUUUAUAUUUAUAAUAUUCAACUUAAGAUAAACUGUGAUUUUGAUUUCAUUUUCAAAAUAAAAUGGUUUGGAAAAAUAAAAUGAUUUGGGAAUAAUAUACAAAGGACAAAACCAGCUGAUGUUUUGGAACAAAUGAUUAAACAAAAAUGUUCAUGAACUGAUUGAACCUGCUUUAAUGAGGCUCUCAGCAGUGGUUAGGAGGUAAUUUGAAUAAAAUAUGCAUCUACUUCUA